CCCACACUGCCUAUAUGACCCUUCCAGUCCCAGGGUUCCAGAGCGAAGUGGUAAGUUCGGUGCAGUUUUCAACUGAGCUCUAGAACCAGCAUUUCAGCCAUGAAGCUGGCAAGCAUCUUUCUCCUCACUGCCUUGGUUCUGAUGAGUUUAUCUGGUAACAGUGGAGCUAACAUCCUGGGAAGAGAGGCCAAGUGCACAAAUGAAGUGAACGGAUGUCCCAGGAUCUAUAACCCUGUCUGUGGGACAGAUGGAGUUACUUAUUCUAAUGAAUGCUUGUUAUGUAUGGAAAAUAAGAUUUUGAGAAGUUUGGAGGCUUUCUCUAGGACAUUCUAAAGAAGGAGAGAGAAGCAUUCCAAUAUGAAGAAAAAACUGAACAAAAGCCAGAAUGUAAGUAAUAAUAUGGUGCAGUAUAAAAGGUGUUUAAGAAAUUACCAAGCAGUAGAGGAGGGGAAGUGUUUGAAUGCGUCUUUCAAUUAAUUUUUUAAGUCAAUUCUAUGAUUAAAAACCCCAAGCUUUUGUAGCAAACGAGAUAGUAUGGAUUUUUUAAAGCUCACAAUAUACCCCAAAUUCCCUUAUACUUAAAAAAAACAUUCUUCGCAAUAGUAAUCAUCGUGUUUACUAAAGUCUUAAAAUAUGCAAAGGUGAAUUAUAUUGAUUAGGUGACCAAAAACAUAUUUUGGUAACGCUUUUUUUUAAUGGAUGUGAGAACCAGCCUCAGUGGAGUUUCUGAACUGACUAUAGGUGGCUAGUGAUGGGAAUCAGACUCACGAGCUCAGAGAAAUAAAUUUGCCACAGAUGUUCUGUCUUUGCUACUGAACACUUUCUGCCAAGCAUUGUGCUAGUCUCCUCCACUUUCCUUGUGAAUAUAACUAAGAGAAAAUAGCACAAAUAAGGUAGCUUCUUGUAACUUGUGACAAAUGCCAUUACAUGGGUGUUAGCAAUGUGCUAUAGGAAUGAAGGAGAGAGACAGAUUGCUUCUUACUGAAAGGGUCAAGAAAGGAUUCAUGAAAAGGAAGUCAUUUAAACAGUGGUCUGUUUUCAUAGUAUCACAAAAACCUUCCAGGUUAAAGAUGUAGAAUGGUCAAACAAAAGAGAUUCCGCAAGGAACCUAGAAAACUCGGUUAUUUUGGAACUGAU